UUGCCAGACUUGGAUAAGAGUGGUCGGAGGGACUUGGGGCCGGAGAAGGGAUUCACGAGCGGAUUUUUUUUUUUGGAGACACUCUCCAGUGGAUUGUGAUCAUUUUGUAAGGUUGAAUUAAGGCUGGACAGUGGUGAUGUCACUGCAAAUGAGUGAGGCAGAGGGGGCUGUGAAGGUGGAAGAGUGGCAGCAGACGUUUUACGCCUCAGACUCGGGCAUUCAGUCAGGAGCCACCACCUUUCGAGAUGAGGACGAAUCUGAGUUCAGUAAGAAGUACAGCGUCAGUGCCAGCGCUGGCGAGAGCGCCACAGAUAUGGAGGCUCAGUACAGUCUAACUCGAGCCCAGAGAGUACGUGCGGCCAUGUUCCCCGAGACAAUAGUGGAGGGAGAGAUGCAGAGCAAUCCAGACCAGCCCACCAAUGUGCAGAGAUUGGCCGAGCCCUCGCAGCUCCUCAAAACAGCCAUCGUUCAUCUCAUCAACUAUCAGGAUGACGCUGACCUGGCCACACGGGCUAUACCAGAGCUCACCAAACUGCUGGCCGACGAGGACCAGGUGGUGGUGAAUAAGGCAGCACUGAUUGUGAACCAGCUUACUCGGAAGGAGGCGUCUCGCCGUGUGCUCAUGCAGUCUCCUCAGAUGGUGUCGGCUGUGGUGAGGGCCAUGCAGAACACCGGAGACCUGGAGACGGCGCGCUGCGCUGCCAGUGUCCUGCACAGUCUCUCGCACCAGCGCGAGGGCCUGCUAGCUAUCUUCAAAUCGGGCGGCGUCCCUGCACUAGUGCGCAUGCUCAGUUCCCCUAUGGAGUCAGUGCUGUUCUACGCCAUUACCACGUUACACAACCUGUUACUGCACCAGGAGGGAGCCAAGAUGGCAGUGCGUCUGGCCGAUGGACUGCAAAGGAUGGUCCCUCUUCUGAAAAAGACCAACCCCAAGUUCCUGGCCAUCACCACGGACUGCCUGCAGCUGCUGUCUUACGGCAAUCAGGAGAGCAAGUUGAUCAUCCUGGCAAAUGCUGGGCCAGAAAGUUUGGUGUUCAUUAUGAGAAACUACAACUAUGAGAAGCUCCUAUGGACCACCAGCAGAGUCCUGAAGGUGCUUUCUGUCUGUCCAAGCAACAAGCCGGCUAUUGUUGACGCUGGAGGUAUGCAGGCUCUCGGCCAACAUCUCACAGGUUCGAGUCAGCGUCUGACACAGAACUGCCUGUGGACCCUGAGGAAUCUCUCUGACGCUGCAACCAAGCAGUCACUGAAACUGAGGAAACAGAUCAAACUCAGACUGAAGACCGAUGAGCCGCUGAAUGAAGGGGCAAAAGGAACAGAGAAGGAGGACGUGGCCGAGCCGGCCGUCUGUGCCCUGCGUCACCUCACGAGCCGCCACCCCGACGCAGAGCUGGCCCAGAAUGCAGUGCGUCUGCACUACGGCAUCCCCGCCAUCACCAAGCUCUUAGGCCAGCCGCACUAUUGGCCUGUGGUAAAGGCCACAGUGGGUUUGAUUCGUAACUUGGCCCUGUGUCCGGCCAAUCAGGCGCCUCUGAGAGAAUCUGGGACAAUCCCUCGACUGGUCAACCUGCUAUUGAAAGCUCAUCAGGAAACUCAAAGACACGGCUCAGGGGCCCAGCAGACCUAUCAGGAUGGCGUGCGAAUGGAGGAGAUCGUGGAAGGCUGUACGGGCGCUUUGCAUAUACUAGCCAGAGAUCCCUUCAACCGAGGGGAGAUCGCCAGCAUGCAGACCAUUCCUCUGUUUGUGCAACUUCUGUACUCCUAUGUGGAGAACAUAAAGCGUGUGUCCGCCGGUGUUUUGUGUGAACUGGCUCUGGAUAAGCAGUCUGCUGAGAUGAUUGACGCAGAAGGAGCAUCUGCACCUCUAAUGGAACUCCUGCACUCUCCCAAUGAGGGGAUUGCCACCUAUGCUGCAGCUGUUCUCUUCCGCAUCUCUGAGGACAAGAGUUCAGACUACAGGAAGCGUGUGUCGGUGGAGCUCACCCAUUCCCUCUUCAAACAUGACCCUGCAGCUUGGGAAAUGGCACAUGCCGCCAUGCCACUCGACCCUGGAUAUAUACCAGAUGAUCUGGAUGCAGUUUACCCUCCAUAUGGUUACUCUGAUUUACCCAUGGAUGGCCUCCCGCUGGACGCUGAGCUACAUGAGCAAUACAUGCCAGAAAUGACCUAUGACCCUCGACAGGUGUACCCAAAUCCUCUUUAACAACACUGCCAGCAGUCUUCAGGUCAAAUGAAGUGGAUGAUGAAGAUGGAGACCCCAAACCAGUUUGUUCCCUGCAAAAAAAAAAAAAAAAAACAUGGAGCAGAGCCUGAAUUGUGCAGUGCUUGAACGAAAGAAGAA